AUGGCUCCGCGCCACGCAAAGUCUCAGCUCCUCACGCUCCUCGUCUCCAUUGUGCUGCUGGUAACACCCUCCAGCGCCAAUGUGUGGCCGACUACCGGAGUGUGCGGUCCUCGCGUCCGAUAUUCGUGGGACGCGCUCACGUCCACCGACAAGCAGCUCUACCGGGACGCCAUCUCCACCGCCAUGAGCACCGGUUACCACGCUCUGUUCGUGGAAGUGCACUCGGACCUCACGUCCUUCCGGGAGGCGCACAACACGUGCGGCAUGAUGUUCUGGCACCGCCGCUACCUGCUCGCCUACGAGGAAAUGCUGCGCAGUCUCGGGACGAGGUUCGCGUGCAUCACGAUUCCGUACUGGGACUACUUCGCGGACUACGCCAAGUUCUUGGCCAACACGUGUACGACGUUCGAGAACUGCUCAACCUUCUUGAAGGACAUGGGAGGCAGCUCCGGGCCUUACGCGUCGCUCUCGAUCAACGGUUUUACGGUGAAUGGGAACUGCGUCAACGGGUUGUCUUCCCCGUACGCCGACUUCACCAAUUUCUGCGAGAAAUCGACAAUGAGUGGGUCUGCCUGCGCUGGCUGCAUCCCUCGAGGCUCCUGGUCGACGACAAACUUCCCGUCGGGCUUCUGUUACUCCUCGCUCGCAAAGUACCUCAGUCUCCAGUACGGAUACGCUUGGUUCUCCCAAAACAUUCACUGGGGAGUGCACCAAUCGAUCCACAACACGGCUUUAGGUGCCCUCGUUACCUACCCGACGUCCGCAGACCCCGUCUUCUACAGCCACCACGCCACUGUCGACUUGAUCCAGCAGCUCUACUUCGACUGCCAGAUUGGACGAACCCUGAGCGACUCGGAGAAGCAGACAGGAGCCUACGCGUACCAAACGUGCUCGACCGCCAACUACCCCGGCGUGCCUCCGACUGCUCAGUCGACCAUGACCAUGUUUUGGAAUGCCACCGGGCAGACGCGGAUCCCCGUUGAAAGUCACCCGAUCCUUGGCAAAUUCUUCGCCUACCAGCCGAAGGAGUACUGGCGCUACGUCAGCGCCAGAGACAUGGGGAACCUCUCGUAUUCGUACGCGUCGGACGACCUCUUCGCUCUUCUGCAAAGUGAGGGACUGUCGUGCCCCAAGAGCAACACCAGGAGGCUGUUCGAUGCCAGCUACGUGGACGUGCCGGCCACCGCCAGCUCCAAGGCCAAGGCCAUCGGUAGAAGCUACAACCUCUACCAGGACAUCAUGGAAGCCGCCUCCGCCAACACGAGCACUCAGACGGACGCGAUCGACCAGGGCGAGACGCUGGAUUGCCUCUGGUAUGACGACAACUUCGGCGUGGACGACUUCAACGCGGAGUUCCGCGAGAACUGGAAGAUCCCAAGCACCACGCACACUUUGUGCUACAGCCGCGUGCAGGACGUCAAGUACGGCCGGCGGCAGGUCAAGGUGAACAACUGGAAGGACAAGUACAUGUUCCACUACUUCCAAAUGACCGACUCGCAGUUGGCGAGCGCGUCGACCAUCACAUCAACGGACGAAACAGCAAUGAUGAGCUCCGGGUCGACGGCCACCUCGUCCCCGACGACAGCUCCAACCACGGCACCAACCACGGCACCAACCACGGCACCAACCACCACUACUACUUCGACUACCGCGACUACAUCACCAACUACUUCUCCGACCUCU